AUGGAAAGCCAAGACAAAGAUAAGUAUAAACAAAAAAAUAUUUCAAACCAAGAAGAAAGUAUAAAAUAUAAUACAAAAGGAAAUGAACAUAAUACAUAUAUAAAAAGUAAUAAUGCAGAAGAAUAUAAUUUAAGUGAUAAUAUAUAUACUUAUGAAAAUGAUAAAUAUAUAAAUGAACUGUUAGAAAAAGAUAAAAAUAAGUUUGAUAUGUUCAUAAAUUUUUAUGAAGAAAAUAAAACAAAUAAUAUGAAUGAUAUAAACGAUUGGAUAUUAAAUAAAUGCAAUCAAAAUGAUAAUAAUAAAAUAAAUUAUUCCAAAGUAAUAGCAAGUUGGUUUUACGAUAGAAUAUUAAAAUGCUUAACAUUCAAAAAUAAGUUAAAUUUAAUUUUUAUUUAUCAUGAAAUAAUAAGAAAUUUGAUUGUAAAUAACAAACAUAAUGAAAUGAUAGAAUUUAAAAAAUAUAUGAAUCCAAUAAUUCAAGAUGUUUAUACAUGUGCAUAUUAUAAAGAUCAAAGUUCAAUUAGUGUUUUAUUGCAAAUAGUAUAUAAAUGGAAGGAAUUAAAUAUUAAUGAUAAUAAUGAGACAAAAACUUUACUGGAUUUUUUUCAUUAUAAUGAAAAUAAUGGAUAUGUUGAUAAUUCAAAAGAUUUUGAUAACUCAUAUAAUCAAAAAACAAAUAAAUAUAAACAUACUUCAGAUUAUAAUAUAAAUAGCAAAUACCGAUAUAAUAACACAUUUAUUCAAAAUAAUAAUAUUCCACCUCCACCUCCUACUUCUCCACCCCAUUCUGCUUAUUUAAAUAACGAAUCAAAACAAUUUCCCCUAAAUGAUAAAUACAAAAAAAAAAGGGAUUCAAAUGAUAUCACCUAUAAUCACAAAAGUAAUAAUAAUAAUAAUCGAAACCUUUUUAAUAAUCCAGAUGUAGAUAAUAAUUCUAAUAAAAAUCCUGAAGAUAUUUCUGUAGGAUUUUUGGCCACCUUGCUAAAAUUUAUAUCAAAAAAAGGGAAAAAGUUGCAAAUAGCUCUCGUUCCUUAUACUCCUAUAGAGAUUUCAUAUACAUAUCAAACGCCACCUUCUACAAAUAUAACACAAAAAUUAAAUGAAAAAAUAAACGAAUUUUAUGAAGAAUUAAAACAUAUUGUAAAUGAUGAAGAUAUCGAAAGUAGUGAUGCUUCUGAUACUAAUGAAGUCAUGAAUGCAUACGAUAAUUAUAAAAAGCUCAUAUCUAUAAAUAAAAGGAAAACUGGGGAAAAAAAUGGAAAGAGAAACAAAAAAUGUAAAAAUAAUGACAAAUUAUAUGCUGAUCAAAAUAAAGAAUAUGACUAUUCAAGUGAUACAAAUACAACCUUUUCCUCUGUCGAACUUUUUGAUAAUUCAAUGAUUGAACUUUUAAACGAUGAUAAUGAUAAUUUAAAAAAAAAUAAAAAAAAUAAAAAUGUUAGUUUUAGUCAAAUUGCUAUAGAAAAUGCUCAAAAUUGGAAUGAAGAAAAUGAUAAUGCUAUAGGAGGAUAUAACUUUGAUUUUUAUUCAAUGUCAGGAAUGGGCGAUAAUUCAAGCAUAGAAGAUGUUUUCGAAAAUUAUAGACGAAAUAAAUCUAAUGUUUAUCAUGGGUCUAUUGCUCAAAAAUUUUGA